GGGCUUUGAUCUACUCAUCUCGGUGAACUCAUCGUUGAGAUCAUUUUAAACAACAGCAACGUUAAGAAGAGCGCGAGGCAGACGAAUGGGCCCAGUGACGGGGAAAUACCACAGGAUCUGAUUUAUUAGCGCAAUCAAAUUGAUUUGGGCAGUUUUAUAGCGCAAGAUAGAGUUCAAAUCGAGAGGACGAAGGUAUGGCGACGCCAGGGCCUACGACUCCACCGCCGGCUAGGAGAAACACGAGCAUCGAGCAACGAGAUCACCAGCAUGUUCAAGGCGGAAGUUUAAUUAGUGCAGAUCAGCAUGGCGUUGGCCGACAAUCGGUGACUGACCAGCACAAGGUGGACGAUGCGCGCGAUUCCCAGACGCGGGGGCGCGUGAGCUCUCAAGGUCACCCAUCCAACCGUCAUAAACGCGUGCGCUCGUCGUCAUCACUUGACAGCGACGAAUUAGAGCGAUGGCACGAAGCCUUGGUGGAGCAGCAGCAGCAGGAAGAGUUCCCGGAUCCCGAGCUUGACGACGUUAUCGAGCAACUCGAUCGAAACCCAGAACUCGAGCUUGCAAUUAUCUCGCCGUCGAAGAAAAGGGCUGCUGGUGCGCAGGGUGCUGUUGAUUCGCAUGGUUCUUACGACGAAAGGCGGAGGGAAGAAGAAUCGAGCUCGGGCGAUUUGUUUGAGACAUAUUUAGAGGAGGCGAAUCGUGAAAUGGCGCGCUUGGAAAGAGAUGCGGGAGCGACAACAUCAUUAACCUCAACAACAACUACAACUACAUCAACAACAACGUCAACAAACACAAUACAGCCAGCAGCAGCAGCAAGAUCAGCGACAUCAAAACCUUCACUGCAAAAUGAUUCAUCUUUAACCCUUUUGAAACUGAUCGAAGACAGCAGGAUAUACGUUUCAAAAUUAGACGAAGAGCUCGACAAGUUGAUUGCAGACCGGAAGCGCGUAAUGAACGAAAAUGAAGCCAAGAUUAAGGAGUUGAGGCAGCGAUAUCAUGUAAUAUGGGAGGCGCAGAAGUGAUGGGAAGGUAUGGGUGUAUACUACUGAAGAUCUUGCUUAUUCAACGGAUUUCGGGUGUUUGUAUAAUACAAGGUAGAAUGGUGUGUUCUGGGCUUCUUCUAUUUAUCACCACGCGUAUAGUGGCUUAUCCUACCUACAGACUGGCUACGCUCACAGUAUCCUCACUAAAUCGUCGACUUUUUUACUGGAUCAGGGUACAAGUUAUAGAGACAAGUAAUAUGUAUAAUAAGAAAUUUAUCAUUGUAUUCCACCAUUCUCAUAUAGUCCCUCCAUUAUCCUUCAUUAUAAUCUGA